UCCCGCGUUCUGAGUUAAGCGGAAACAGGUUGCCAUUUUUCCCUCUAUUUAAGCGCGCCAACAAGGACUGUUCAAGUGGGUCUCUUGGGUCGCCGUGGUCUGUCCAGCACACAGUUGGUAUUUCUCCGUGUCAUUUCGCUGGACUUAAAGUCAAUAUGCCAGAGGAAACGUCGACCGCGUCUGGUUCUGGAAGCGCGGAGGAGAAGCCAUGCUCGUCAGCAGCUGCAGCAGAAGCUAAUUCAGGUGACAUCAUGGAGGAGGCAAAGAAGCUGAUUGGCACAGGGAAAAAACAUCUUGUUAUGUCGGACGUUGUUUCUGCUGUCAAUGUUUUCCAGGAAGCCUGCAGCAUGCUGGCUGCAAAAUAUGGGGAUACUGCCGAUGAAUGUGGCGAGGCCUUUUACCUGUGUGGGAAGUCCCUAUUGGAGCUAGCGAGGCUGGAGAAUGGUGUCCUCGGUAAAGCCCUGGAGGGAGUCCCAGAAGAAUCGGAAGAGGAGGAGGAGCAGCCCAGUAAUCCAAAUAUUGAGAGCGCUGAUAACCUUGAUGAUGAUGAUGAUGACGAUGAUGAAGAUGAGGAUAAAGAGAACAACAUACAAGAGGAAGAGGAAGAUGUUGGGAAUUUGCAGUUGGCUUGGGAGAUGCUUGAGGUGGCCAAAGUCAUUUAUAAAAGAGGGGAAAGCAAGGAUGAUCAGCUGAUGGCAGCACAGGUUUAUCUAAACCUUGGCGAAGUCAGUGCAGAAACAGAUAACUAUCCUCAAGCACUAGAAGACUUCCAGGAGUGUCUGACCCUGCAGCUGAAACACUUGCCUCCUCACAGUCGCCUGCUGGCAGAGACCCACUACCACAUUGCUACAACACUCUGCUACAUGGAGCAGUACAACCAGGCCAUCCAGCACUACAACAGCUCUAUAAAGGUCAUCGAGACCCGUCUAGCAAUGCUCCAAGAGGUUAUUGAUGCAGCAGAUGGAGCCAAUGGUGCAUCAGAGGAGAAAAGUGAAAUGGAAGAACUGAAACAGCUUCUUCCUGACAUCAAAGAAAAAGUGGAGGAUGCCAAGGAGAGCCAAAGAACAGCCAGCGUUGCCUCACAGGCAAUCCAGCAGACAUUGGGCGGUCCCUCAACAUCAUCAGCAUUCCCGCGUGAAAAUGGAGGCCCAUCAUCCUCAACUGCUUUUGUAUCAACCAGUCAGAUUCCUGUUAAAUCAUCUGGUGGUGCCUCUUCUUCCAAAGCGGUGUCAGACAUCUCUCACCUUGUUAGGAAAAAGAGGAAACCAGAAGAGGACAGCCCAGUAAAGGACACAGAUGCUAAACAACUGAAACAGGAAGCCACAGUUAAUGGAGGCGGUGACUCUAGUGCCAGCACACGCAAUGAAACCCAGGAGGGAAAAUCACAGGAGCCUGCCAGCCAGCCCACCUCUUCCUCAUGACCACCUUCAUUCUCUUCCCGACUCUAAAACCAGCACCGCAUGCUUCUUCAGAUCCUCGCACCCAGUACUCUGUUUCUGUAAAUAUGAUUUUCACAGAUCUGUCUUUCAAGUUUUGUAUACUUGUAGUAAGAAUAA